UUUUUUUUUUUUUAGAGAUUUAUUUAUUAUUAUACAUAAGUACACUGUAGCUGUCUUCAGACACACCAGAAGAAGAUGUCAGAGCUCAUUACAGGUGGUUGUGUGAGCCACCAUGUGGUUGCUGGGAUUUGAACUCAGGACCUUUGGAAGAGCAGUCAGUGCUCUUACCCGCUGAGUCAUCUCGCCAGCCAGCCCCAACCUUGCACUUUUCAACUAAGUUUUAUUUUAUUUGUGAAUCUGUGUAUACACACGUUCAUACUUCCAAAGAUCAGAAGAGGAUGUCAAAACCCCUGAAACUGGGCUGGCGAGAUGGCUCAACAGUUAAGAGCACUGACUGCUCUUCCGAAGGUCAUGAGUUCAAAUCCCAGCAACCACAUGGUGGCUCACAACCACACUGCUUCAUAUGAUGCUGGGCAUGGAACCCUGGGCUUCCUGCAUGCCAGGCAAGUGCUCUAUCCACUGAGUUACAUACCAGCAUCUCUUCAAUACCUCUCAUUUGGUCACCUGCUUGCCUGCCUUCUUUCCUUCCUUCCUUCCUUCCUUCCUUCCUUCCUUCCUUCCUUCUUUCUUCUUCCUUUUUGAGACAAGGCCUCACUGUGUAGCCCUAGCUAUGUAGACCAGGCUGGACUCAGAUUCAGAGACAACCACCUGCCUCUGCCUCCUGAGGACUCGAGCUGAACAUGUGAUCUCUUCUUGGUUGACUGUAGAAACAGUCGCUGAUUUUAGGGGCCGGAGAGAACAUCUCUGUGCUUAAGAGCGCUUGUUCUUGUAGAGGACCCAGGUUUGCCUCCUACCAGUCAGCCUCAUGAUACUCCCAAUCCCUUCAGUUCUGGCGGGUCUGACACCAACUUCUAGCCUCUGUGGUCAUCAAAUAUACACAUGGAAAAUUAAAUCAAAUGAACAACUCUAAUAUAAAUGGGUUCUUAAUCAUAUAUAUAUAUAUAUGUGUGUGUGUGUGUGUGUGUAUAUAUGUGUGUGUAUGUAUAUAUAUGUGUGUGUGUGUGUAUAUAUAUAUAUAUAUAUAAUGUUUAUGAGUACACUGUAGCUGUCUUCAUGCACACCAGAAGAGAGCACUGGAUUCCUUUACAGAUGCUUGUGAGCCACCAUGUGGUUGCUGGGAUUUGAACUCAGGACCUCUGGAAGAGCAGUCAGUGCUCUUAAUCACUGAGCCAUCUCUCUAGCCCUUUUAGUCACUAUUUUGAGGGUCGUACAGUUUGGUGGUAAAAUUUGAGUCCCCCGUUAGCUUUUCUGUAGAUGACUGGAGCCCUGGAAUGAGUUAAAGACUCCCUUCUUCGGAUGUUACCUCCCUGUAUUGGGGGUGGAGUUCUGAGAAAGUAGCCUUUCAUUAUCUCCUGAUAUCUCCUGUUCUCCGGGAGAAGGAAGCUUUUUGUGUGCCUGUGUCUAGCUCUUCCUGGGAGUAGACGCUGCAGAGGCUGAGCCUCUGUUCUUAUCUGUGGGCUCCUUAGGUCCACAGAGCAAGCGGUAACCUGCAGUAACUAUGAGUGCAUCUGGAAAGCUGAGCUCCUGGAUGCCACGGGACUCUCCUGAGCUGCUGCUCGGCCUCACACGCCUCCCCACCACUCCCUAGGACCCUGGAGGAUGAAUUCUCUGGCGUGAGGCUGCAGAAGCUAGAACAACAGCGACAGCUAUUUGAGAAGAAGCAGCGCAGGAAACGCCAGGAGCCCCUCAUGGUUCAGGCCAAUCCUGAUGCUACCCUGAGGCACCGGCGACCAAGGCGCGGGGAGGAGCGCUUCCAGAGUGACAGCAGCUGGGGCCUUGGUGUUGGGAGCCCUUUCCUCCAGGAGAACGUUCCGCAGGCACAUCUGCCCUCAGGGGCGCACAGUGCCCUUGUCACCAUGAGCUAUGUCGCAGAUGGGAGUGGUGAGCGGGCCCCCCUACUGUCACCCCGAGGAGCAGUAUACACUCGGGGCAACGGCCCUGCGGUCCGUCAUCAUCUUUGCUGGCUUCCAGACAGCUCCGAUUCAGACGUGGAGGAAGUGACCAUGGAAGACAUCCCCGUCAUCUCCCGACCUCCCCAGACGAAUCUGGCAAACCUACGCAGGGGCUGGUUAGCCUCCCCAGGACCCGGGAUCAGUCAAGAAGAAAAAGAAGAAGAGGUUGGAUCCACGGAUGCCAGAGUUGAAGACAAGACACCCAGCCCAGACCCAGACCCAGACCCUACCGUGAACUCUGACGGAGAUCAUGGAGACCUGGCACCCUGCAAGGUGGAAGAAAACACAGCCCAGAAGAAUACAGAAACAGCCUCUGGCAUCGGGGAUGAAGACCGGGAGAAGGGAGAGGUCACAGAGUCUACAGAGACAAACUAUGCCCCAGUGGCAUCCAAGGUUUUGCAAGGCGACGAUGGUGACGCCAGCAACCACAAUGCCUGGAACAUGACCUGCCCCCAGCCUCGCAUUCCCGGCCCUCGGCUCGGGGAGGACAUGGAAGCAUACGUGUUGCUCCCUGCACCCCGAGACCACAUGGUGCAGUGCCGCAUCGUCCGAAACAAGCACGGCAUGGACAAGGGGAUGUUCCCUUCCUACUACCUCUACCUGGAGGCCGAGGAUGGUGUAGCAGUACGCUCCAGCCCUUUGGGGCAUUUCCUUCUGGCUGGGCGGAAAAGGAAAAGAAGCAAAACUUCAAAUUAUCUCAUCUCCCUGGACCCCAAAGACAUGUCUCGCAAUGGGAGCAACUUUGUAGGCAAAGUUAGAUCCAAUGUCUUGGGCACGAAAUUCACCAUCUUCGAUAAUGGGGUGAACCCUGAGCGGAGUUACUGGGUUCCAGACAGUGCCCGGAUCAGAGAGGAGCUGGGAGUCGUCUGUUAUGAGACCAAUGUCUUGGGAUUCAGGGGGCCUCGGAAAAUGACUGUGAUCCUUCCAGGAAUGGACAGCCGGAAGCAGAGGAUGAAAGUCCAGCCACAAAAUGAUCAGGAUUCCAUAUUGAGUCGCGUACAGAAGGGCGCUGGACACGGGCUGCUUCUACUGCAGAACAAGGCCCCAUCGUGGAGCGACGAAAGCGGCGCAUACGUACUCAAUUUUCACGGUCGCGUCACGCGGGCUUCAGUCAAGAACUUCCAGAUAGUGCACCCGGAUGAACCCGACCACCUGGUGCUCCAGUUUGGCCGUGUGGCCCCAAACAUAUUCACGAUGGAUUUCCGAUAUCCUCUUUGCCCGCUCCAAGCCUUCGCCAUCUGCUUAUCCAGUUUCGAUGGGAAACUGGCGUGUGAGUAACUGAAUAAAAUACCAUCCCUCACCAA